UCAGAGAGCAGUAGUCAGACGAGCUGGUACUCUGGUCCAGAUCUGGUUCCUGCACUAACAAACAGCCUUGUGACAGCUGGACACCGGUCCAGGACCAGGUUAACAUCAUGCCAAAGAAGAAAGACAUCGUGAAAUCAGGUGCGCCCAUCAGAGAGAACUCCAGGUUAAUGCACACACACGAAGCUAUGGUGGAUUACAUAAAUGGGCGCACUUCAAGUUCCAUCAUGGAAAUGUUUGGACCUGCCAUGUUUGGCUUAAAUUAUUUCGCAAAUUUGGAAGAAGACCUCAUAUUUUCAGAUGAGGAGGAGGAGGACGACGAUGACGAUGAUAACAACGUUGUCCCUUAUUCAAGUCAGGGUGCUAACAGGAGUUUAGAGCCGCAUCCACAAAUAAAGCAGCUCACUGAUGAGGAGGCUGAUAAAAUUGCAAAGGAACUGAUUGAAGAGGAGAAACGAAAUAAAGAGAAAACUGAAAGAAAUAAGCGUAAAAAAAAGCGUAAAAAAGAAAAGAAACGUCUUGAAAAGGAGAAUGCACUUAAAGAAAUUAUAUCUGAAGAGGAACAAGGAAAGUCCGACUCUUUGGCCAAUCAGGGACAAACUGCAGUAACUGAUAAUACUUUAGAGGCAAAUGAAUCAUCUCAAGCUAUUGAACCUCCAGUGACAGCUGAGGCAGAGAAAUGUGAUAUGAAAAGUUUUACUGAAGAAAAAAGUCUUGUCAAAGUGAAUGAGGAUGAUCAACAAAAGGAGCCUACAAAAGAAGAAAUAAAUGAUAAAUGUGAAGUUGCAGAAGUUCAGCCACGUGAGGAAGAAAAGCCAGAUGUUGCUGUGAAACCUGAGCUACAUAAGAAAAUAGAACAGGAAACUUCUAAGGAGAAAACUUCAAAUCCCAUAACAGAAGAGUUUGCAAAAAGAAGCAUAGACCUUGCCAAUAUGGGGAAUCGUUUAGCUGCUGCUGGACAGUUUGAGACGGCAGUGAAUUGCUUUACCGAUGCCAUUAAAUUCAACCCAAGAGAAUUUAAGUUGUUUGGAAACCGUUCCCUCUGUUACGAGAGACUCCAGCAGUAUAAAAGCGCUCUCAGGGAUGCCGAUGUGGCGCUCUCCAUGGAACCAAAGUGGAUAAAGGGUUUGUUUCGGAAAGGCAAAGCUCUCUGUGGACUCAAGCGGUACUACGAGGCAUCGCUGAUCUAUAAGGAGGUGUUAACGCUGGAAAGUAAGAGCGCUGAAGCAGCACAGGAGCUGAAACGGGCCCAGACGUUGCACCUCAUGGAAAUGGGUUUCACGUGGGCACAGAGCUCGGAGGCCUUGAAAACUCAUGCCACACUAGAAGAGGCUGUGGAAGCUCUGUUUGCUGCUGAUGCCAGUCCAGAUGCUGGUGCCAGUUGGGACAAAUCUGAACAGCCAGUGGAGCAGGAAGAUGGUGACGACGACGAUGACGAUGAAGAGGGAGAUUGGGUUAUCACACAAACGAGCCGUCCUCAAAAGCUUCAUCCUAAAGAAUCAGAUGCUCCAGAUCAAAAUAGGUCAACGCCUCAGUGGCUGCCGCACCCCAAAAGCUUUCCAAGACCGGAGCUGUUCUCGGUCUGGGUCAGGACGUUGGCUCCAAACAUCACAUAUCAGAAACUCCAGGAGGUCUUCAGCAGACCUGGAAGAGUGUACAGCAUCAAGAUGCUGCUGGAUUACGGCUGUGCCUACGUCAACUACACCAGGAAGGAGGACUGUGACCGAGCCAUUGAGCUCAUUGACGGAAUGGUGGUGGAUGGAGCUCCGCUGUCGGUGCAGCAUCCCAGCAAAAUCCCGCCCAAGCCUCCUGCGUCCAUGCUGGCCACCAGCGACAACUCCAGACGUCCGGGGCCACACAAGAGGGAGUGCUUCUUCUGGAGGACGUCGGGCUGCACGAGGGACGACUGCACCUUCAGGCACGUCCCUGAGCACAAGAACAUUGACAGAGACAAGUUCACCGGUAGACUGGGAUACCAAUCAUACGCAGGGAAUCAUAAAUAAGACGAUGCAUGCAGCACUUCCUGUGAGAUGUGACUGUGGCUCUACGUUCAGGGUUUCACAGCAAGAAUGAAUAAAUGUGUGUGGAUUUUAUGUUUGGUUAAAUCUCUUCAACUAUUCACCAUGACAGAGUCCAGGUUGCAUGGCUAUAAACAUAAACAUAAUCAAAUGUAUACUAUUCUCCUGUAAUUAAGUAAGAAUUAAUGUGCCUUUUAUAACGUUAGAAAAAAAUGUGCCUCAACCUGUCGGCUUUCUUGGCAAUGUAAUUAUCAGAGGAAUACCUUUUGAGUUUUGCUUUUGACUAUUAUAACAUUGCUGUAACAGAUUUUUCCUGUUUUCAAUGACCACUAGGUGGCAGCGGUAAACUUAUCCAGAGGUUGUCAGGGUUUGGAAAAUAUUUGCUUUCAUUUUUAAGGCUGUGAUUUCAAGAGUUUUUGCUGGCAUAUUUAUGUUGCCAUGUUUUAAUUUCCAAACUUUUUUUUCUUUAAUAACAUUUCUGAGAUCUGAGUUACAUUUUAUUUGUGAAUGACCAUUAAAAUUUUACAAUGGC